AUGAGCUCACCAUAUUCAUUCUACUGGCACCUAGAAGGCUGCUACAUUGAACAAGAUGCUCUUCAGUCUGUUUGGCUUACCACCGGUGAACUUGUCACCGCUGAUUUCCGAAAAAUCCCAAUUUCAUGGGGCCCUGGUGAAUUUGAAUUUUUUGUGACCCAGCACUAUUAUGGGCAUGAGUACUGGAGCUCAAGAGUAAUUGCUCAGAGUAUCUACCAGCAUAAGCUCCUACUGAACCUCGAAAAUAACAUGAAGUGGCGAGCCUUUGUGGAAAACAGAAAAGCCAGUAAGUUGGCCAAUGGCAUCAGCAUUCUUGAGACAUCAGCUUAUCAAAAGGAUGUACUGGAUGGUCAAGAAAGCAGCCAAAAGCUGCUGCCUACCACCGAUGAAACCAGUCCAGAUGGUUCUCCCACACAAAAGCUGCUCAAACAAGUCAGUUUUUAUCCAAGUUUACAUGACAAGCCAGAUGAAGCUGUCCAUAAAAAGCAGAAGUAUAAGCUGGACUGCAAGAAAAGAGGCUCCAAAAAUGCACCAAGGCGUUCUCUUCGUUUGAAGAAUAAGGCCAAGGCAGCCAAGUUGGCCGCUCAAAUGUUUAGGUAA